UUGGCUCUCUAUUUGUCGUUGUCUUGAAAUGUUGGAGCCAAUUUUGAGCAAGAUCGCUCAAGAUCUUUCCGAUGGUAGCUGCAUCCUACCUCCAUGCUUGUACAUGUACAUAAUGUAAUAUAUAUGUACACGUACAGUACAUGUACUGUACAUGUUCGUGUACAUGUACGUGCUGUAGCGGGCGCGCACGGCGCGCAUCUUCGUUCUCAAUAAUGAAGCAUUAUGUGAUGAUAGAGAAGCGCCUUCGACGCUUUUCGAUAUCUUGGGACAGAACAUACAUACAACAGCCGUCGCUGACUAGUGGCAUGCAGCUGAGUGGCAGCCAGCCAUUUUAAGCUACCCUGCUCCAAGUUUGCCCUCGAAAUUUCAAGACACCAAGGAGGCUAAAGAGACAUCGAGAGGAAUGAUAAUGCUGACAGCACAUCAGAGUGAAGCAAAAGGACUCACCAGCAGACAACAAAUCUCAGUCUGUGAUCCAGUUUCUUAAAAUCCAAGAUGGCAGCUCUCUGGAAUUGUGACUCACAGGCAAAAUUGUUGAAUUUUCAGGGAAACGGUGAAAGGAGUGACCCCCAGACAACACGUCUGAGUGAAACGGAGGAGGAAAUUUGCCAGCAGACAACAAAUUCCAAUACCCUGUCCACUGAGAUGACCAAGUCGGCCCAACAAGUUUGUGAACUGCCAAUGAAUGUGGUUAAAUUUGAGAAAGACAAGACAAGUAACACUGUGCCAAACUCACUUCAAGUUCAGGAAGCAGACAUUUCUGUGCGUGCACAGAGUCAUCACAGAGAGUCAAACAAUGAGCAAGGGAAGGCCCUCAAAACCAGUCGCACACAAGACAAACCUGAGAAAAUGCAGGGAAACUCUAAAGCUUUAAGUGUCUCAAAAAAAGGGAACAAAGGAGUCUUUGGUUGCCAGUUUUGCAACAGGUCCUUCUCCAAUUCAGGCCAUUGCAGAGAUCACGAAAGAACCCACACAGGGGAAAGACCAUUUGCUUGUCCAACUUGCGGCAGAGCUUUCGCAACCAAUAGCACUUUGACUGUGCACCAGAGGGUCCACACUGGCGAGAAACCAUACGUUUUUGAUACUUGCGGCAAAGCCUUCUCACAGAUUACUCCAAUAAGGAAACAAAAGUGUUGCGGAAAGGGAAUUGAAAGAAAUUUCGCCUGCCAGUUUUGCGAGAAGACUUUCUCAAACUCGGGUCACUUAAGAGAGCACGAGAGAAUCCACACAGGGGAGAAACCAUUUGUUUGUGGAACCUGCGGCAAGGGUUACACAAGUAAAAGCAAUUUGAAAGUUCACGAGAGGGUUCACAGUGGAGCGAAACCAUAUGUUUGUGAUAUUUGUGACAGAGCCUUCUCACAAAGAGGCAAUUUAAAGAAACACAUGGGUAGAUGUGUCUCCACAAAGAAAUGCACCUCUGAUGAGGAACUGUUCCAGCCAGUCAGUCAAACCAGACAGGAUGAGAAGACUGCUCAGAGUGAUGAGCCUGGCUCACCAGCAUCUCCUGCGAGCAGUCUUGACUCACAAGACACUGACUCAUCAAAUUCUCACAAAGACAAAUUUGGGGGCGGCAACCUCACGAUGCAUCAAAGUAAAAGGACAGCAGGCACAAACCCACCGAUGAAUGAUCAGAAUGCCCAAUCCAGUGACCGGCCGUUCAUUUGCGAAAUCUGCAACAAAUCUUUUAAAUUUGAUCGCAACCUCAAGGACCAUAAGAGAAUCCACUCUGAUAAGAGACCAUUCUUUUGUGACUAUUGCAAUAAAACGUUCAAGCUCAAAAGCUGCUUAACUGCCCACCGGAGGAUCCACACUGGAGAAAAGCUGUUCUCAUGUGACAUAUGCGAUGAAAAGUUUAUGUACUUAAAUAGGCUCCAAGUGCACCAGAUGUACCAUGAAAAUAGGCGGCCAUUUGCUUGCCAGUUUUGUAGCAAGGGCUUCACCACUAAGUCUCAUGUGAAAGAACAUGAGAGAAUCCAUACCGGGGAGAGGCCAUUUGUUUGCGAUAUUUGUAACAAUUCCUUUAAAACGAGGGGUGUUCUGAGGACACACAAGAUCAUACACUCGCAGACACGUAAAAUUUGCAAAGCAGCAAGUGUAAUGAAGAAAGGGAACCAAAGAGCUUUCGCGUGUCAAUUUUGUAAAAAGAGCAGCUCAAAUUCUGGCCACUUAAGAGAGCACGAAAGGACACAUACUGGAGAAAGACCUUUUGUUUGUGAAAUUUGUGGCAAAGCUUUCUCAGCUAAAUCCACGUUGACGUUGCAUAUAAAAGUCCACUCCCGGAAAAAAUUUCACUGUGGCAACUGUGGCCAAACAUUUGCAGGACAAGCUGAGUUCCGGGUUCAUCAGGUGAUCCAUGCCAAACCUAAACAAUAUGUUUGCAAAACUUGCAGCGAAGCUUUCCAGAGCAAGGACAAGUUGAAGGAACACUCAAAGCUCCACAAAACGUCUGAGAAAGGUUGCAAGGAGAAAAAAUACAUUUGUGAGACAUGCGGCAAAGCUUAUGGCAAGUAUAGCCAUUUGUGGGAGCAUCGCCAGACUCACACAGACAAGAAAUCACAUCUGUGUCACAUCUGCGGCGACGUCUUCAGGAAACCACACCAUUUGAAAAGACACCAGAUUGUCCACACAAAGGAGAAAGAGCACAUCUGUGAAAUUUGCGGCACAGGCUUUGGCCAUCGGCACACCCUCAAGUCUCACCAUCUUCAGGUUCACACGAACCACCGACCCUUCAAAUGUGGGACUUGUGGGAAAGGCUUUAUCAAGAGAUAUGCUCUAGUGUCCCAUCAGCGGGUCCAUACCGGAGAGAAACCAUACGUUUGUGGUGUUUGUGAUAGGGCCUUCUCACACAAUAUCACGUUAAGGAAACACAAAUGUGGAAGCUCGUGGAAAGAGUAGCAGGUUGUACAUGUAUAUAUACUGUACUCAAUACCACCCGACACUAGAAAAAAGUAAUGUAGACAUUUACAAUGUAUGGCCAAAACUUGAAAUUUCAGAGAUAAACACCAGCCUUGCGAGCCUGAUUUACUCUAGACAGACUUGCUUUCUUUGCUCCAUAAAUUGAUUAAUGGGAGAUUAUGAAGACUAAUAAUUUACAUUAAGAAAUGGCAUUUCACUUGCAGAGCCAACCAAUGUGAAUUCAAGUACAUGUACACCACGACAAAACAGUAGUGGAGGCAUGGCAAAAGAGAAAAGAAUUGGAACACACAGACUGUAAUGUACUCAUAAAAUGGCAGAUCAUUGAGUCAAGCAGUGGCGGUGGUGCAAAGUAACGAUUGUCGUGUCACUAUCACCAAAGCCGAACUGGGGCUUCAAUCUUUCUCCAAAAGAACACCACUAUCCAUUACCAUGUUCCAGUCACAGUU